UGCUGCACAGUCGUUUCCGGGGCGGUGUGAGAAGGAGCAGGACUCCGAAUGGGUCGCAGUCGCAGUCGCUCCCCACGCAGGGAACGUAGGCGGUCCCGGUCCACCUCCCGGGAGAGAGAUCGCAGGCGCAGAGAACGGUCGCGAUCGCGGGACAGGGAGCGGAGGAGGAGCCGCUCGCGAUCCCCGCACCGAAGACGCUCCAGAUCUCCAAGACGACAUAGAUCCACAUCUCCUUCCCCUUCUCGACUGAAAGAAAGAAGAGAUGAGGAAAAGAAAGAAACAAAAGAAACAAAAAGCAAAGAACGUCAGAUUACUGAGGAAGAUUUAGAGGGGAAAACGGAGGAAGAAAUAGAAAUGAUGAAGUUAAUGGGAUUUGCCUCUUUUGACUCCACAAAAGGGAAGAAGGUGGAUGGCUCUGUAAAUGCCUAUGCCAUAAAUGUGUCUCAGAAGAGGAAGUACAGGCAGUACAUGAAUCGAAAAGGUGGAUUCAACAGACCUUUGGAUUUCAUUGCAUGAGAAUUGAAAUAUUGAAGAAUUACUUUUCUUCCCCUCAUCUUGGUCAGAGUGGAUUUUGUAUUUCAUAUUUAAUAUACAUCAAAAACAGGAUCUCAGUUCUUCCUCAUAAAGUAAGAAAAUCUUAUUUAUGAUGAAUGCAGUUUUCUUACCUUGCCUCAAAAAAGAAAGGUUAAAUAUUACAUUUUUUUCUUUUAGGAAAUAUCAUUUGAGGCAGUCAUCAACCCCAUUUUGUUAGUCCUAAUUCCUGUGGAAGCUGUGUAUGUUUUCUUCUUGGAUCCUCGUUAGGACUUUUUAAAAAACAUUAAUGUAAUUUGGAUGUAAGUUUCUCCAAUAAAGCAAUAUUUCUACCCUUUUA